AAUCAAUUUGGUGGAAUUUUUUACCUGUCAAUGUAUAUGAUAUAUCGAUAUAUCGUUGCCGUACCUAUUUGAGUGUCUUGUGCCUGGAUUGUUGAAAUUUGAAUGUGGCGCCGUUGGACGAAAGUUGGUGGUUUCGCCGUCGAAGCGCCGGCUCACCUUCGCCAGAAUGGAACUCGUAUUGACGUGAUCGGAUUGUAAUAGUUUUACAGUUUUCUCGUCGAUACAGGACCAGAAGUGUAAAAUGGGCUACGGAGGCGAAACGAGGAGUCGUCUGUCUCGCCGAGGAGGUCGGAACCUGAAGGCGGCCGGCGCACCGCUCUAGGGCCGGCCACGGGCCAUGGACGUCUCCAACGCCGAGAGGGAGGCGAGCGAAGUCCUCCACUCCCUGCUUUCCGUACCCAGGGUUCAAACCAAGGAGACCAACGACGAACUGAAAAAGGAAUCAACCUCUAAAGUUAAGUGGAAUUUAAAUGAGGAGCAUCUUUACACAGUCCAACCUUCAAGUGAUGAUAGGCUAACUUCUGGGGAGACAAGCGAAUAUCCUGUGCAUGAUGAGACAAUUGCAUCAACAACAGAUGUUGAAGCAAACUCCUCAGGGACAAAAACUAAAAAGAAGCUUGUCAAAAGAAAAAACACAAAAGUUUCCGAUGAGUUAAACAGAAUAGAGGACAAUGCUCAGGCAGUAAGAGAUAGAUUUCAACAUGGCUGUGACUGCAGUGAUGACAGUUGUUUCAGGGGUCUCAAUCCUGAAUCUGUUUACAGGCAUCGGUUGAACAUUGCUGAAUUGACUAAAGAGGAGCAUGAUAUGUACCUCAUGGGCUUGACGAUGGCAUGCCUAGGCGAUACUGAUUCCACUGUCAAGAGAAAAGCGAGGCAGAGACUUAGAACGACUUAUGUCCAUCACGGAAGAAAAGUCUGCCUGUCUGCAUUUUUGUAUCUUGAAAAUUGUACUUUGUACCAGUUGAAAAGAAUAAGAAAGCACCUUACUAUCCACGGGGUUGCUCCAAGAGUCCAUGGCAACCAUGGAAAAAAGCCCCAUAAUGUUUUCUCAUUAGAUAUUUAUAGAAGAGCGACUGAUUUCUUAAGAAACUUUAUUAAAGAACACUCUAAUUCUUCAGGAAAUAUGAAAAUGCCAGUCACUUUACCUGCAGAUAUUUCUCGUAAAACAAUUCAUAAAAAAUACGAGAAGUAUGUCCGGCAGUCGGCCCCAUUGGGAGAGAAGUUGAUGGGCUACUCUACCUUCAGACACUUCAUGAAGGAGCAAUUUCCAAACGUCCGAUUCUGCAAAACUGACAUCGGGCAAAAUGUGUUAAAUCAGAAUUUAAAAAACAUGCCAUCGACAAGCAGGACGGGGAAAAGCGUUGAACCAAAAUCGCAGGAGAUUGAAGGAAUUCCUGUUCUGUUGCACGACAACGGGCAAACGUACAUUGUAACUCCUGUCCAGAAAAUCGUCACCUCACAACUUUUAUAUGGUGAUGUGGAGGAAGGAGAGUUAUUUGUGACCGAUAUGUGAAACACGAUCGGAAGAAGUGAAAAUGGAACAAAACUAAUAUUGUUUUUCCCCAUUGAGAGAAAGACUAUUUUUAAAAAUAAGCAUUUAAGAUCGUCUAGUCAGUAAAUAGCAUUUAUUUGAUUUAAAUUAAAAUAUUUUGUUAAAACAAAUAUUUGGUUGUUGGAAGUAUUUUUUUUUCUUCUUCUU